GACAGCGUGGAUGUGACCAAAGUCGCCGUCAUGGGCCAUUCCUUCGGCGGGGUGACCGCGGUGCUGGCCUUGGUGAAAGAGCCCAGCUUCAGCUGCGCGGUGGCUCUUGAUGCCUGGAUGUUCCCCCUGGACAACUCCCUGUACCCGGAGGUGCCCAAACCCGUGCUCUUCAUCAACGCCGAGAAGUUCCAGACGCCGGAAAGCGUUGCCAAAAUGAAGAGGCUGAGCUCCAGGAACAGCCAGACCAAGAUUAUAACCAUCCUGGGAUCUGUGCAUCAGAGCCCGACCGACUUCACCUUCCUCAGCGGGAUGCUCAACCGCAUCCUGGGUGCGAGGGGGACCCUGGACCCCUACAAGUGCCUGGACAUCACCACCCAAGCAGCCCUGGCUUUCCUGCAAAGGCACCUCGACCUGAGAGAGGAUUUCGACCGCUGGGACGAGCUCCUGGAGGGCAUUGGGGACUCAGUGGCCCCAGAAGCACCGUUCUGCCACCCCAAGCUGUAA